CCUUAUUCCGUGAUUCUCUAUUAUUCGUGUUUAUUUAAGUAACGUUACUUAUACACAGCUGUAAUAGCAGCUCAUUAUUAUUGUGUCAAGUAUCAUCAUUUCAUUAUUUACUGCUUAAACACUAAAACUGUUCUGAUAUCUGCUUUGUAAGUAUGUACGUUUUCUUUGAAUUCAGGACUUGUGACUGUUAUUCCACACUGUCGUACUUGAUGAAUUGAUUGACAGGCAGACUGCAUCGUCAUGACAGCAGGAGCAGUGUCAGCUCCGCUCAUCAUUCCCAUGAUGCACCUGCAGACUCACAGAGCCAAAACCCACAUAGACACCAACACACCUGUCUCCAUCCAAUCAGACACCCCUGAGGUUCUGAUCUUUUACACUCUGGAUGGGUCCAAGCCGUCUUUCGGGUCUCGGGGGUCAAAGGGCAGCAGGAGGUACGUCGAUCCAAUUCUGCUGCCUGCAGGUCGAGUGGCCAUCAGAGCCGUCGCUGUCACCAGAGACGGCAGAGACAGCUCCACAGUGACCAAGGUUUUCUCUGUAGAACUCGUCGAGUCAAACGAGGAUCAAUCUGAAGGAACCUUGCUAGACUCUUCUGGUCCUUCAUUGAAGCCCCCAGGUCCUCGUUUCCUGACCAGUCGACUGGGCUCUCCCCCCAAACCACAACCAGCUGGAUCCUCCCAACGUUCCCAGUCAGCGGUGACCAGACAGCAGACGGACUUCCUGCGGUGUGCUCAGUGUCAGAGUCCUCGUCCUUCUGAUCCUUUCUGUGGGUUCUGUGCUCAGUGUGGAUCUUCACUUCCUGUGUUAGAUGAGCAGAGACAGCCCCCCGCUAAGGGAGGACAGGUGCUCCGGUGUGUGUUGUGUAACUCUCUGGUUCAUGUAAACUCUCACACGUGUUUAAUCUGCGAGGCCGUCGUCCAUCAAGAACCUGCCCAGUCCAGCCUUGCACUUCAGCCCAGUGCCCCCCCCUCUGUGGGCUGCAGGAGCUGGAGCUGCUCCAGGUGUAACAGGUGUAACCGGGCUGACGCCAGGUUCUGUGACUGGUGCGGCACCAAGUCCGGUCACGCAGCCAGCUGUGUGGUUUGUUGGCGCUGCGGAGCGAAUGGACACCUGUACGCCUUCUACUGCACAACCUGUGGCGCCUUCCUGGAAGCCCCGCCCCCACCAACAUCCUGCAGUGACAUCACGCGACCUGUUGGGGCUGCCGCCACACUCCAGCAGGGGUCCGCCCCCUGGAGAGCCACGCCCUCCUCCGCCCCCCCUCCAACCACAGAGGGACCAACGCCCAGAAAGGAGCAGUCCACGCAGACAGUUGGACUCUAUUACCCAUCAGCCACUGAGCUUCAGAGGAAGGAAACACAGAGGAAACUUCAUCUGAGCAAGCAGCAUUCAACCAGAGUCCAACAUCCACUACUGACCUCCAUCAGCCCAGGGAGAGGUUUCUGGAGGAAGCAGCUGGAUCAUCUGUGUGCUCACCUGAGGAGCUACGUCCAGAACAACGCCCCCUUCAGGACCCUGCUGGGAGAACCUCGUCUGGGCCAGAUGGUUUCUGCUGCGAUUCAAGAAGAUCGUCACGAAGUCAGCUUGACCUUCAGCUUUGUGUCCGCCGGAGGAGGAGAACGUCAGGUGGAGCAGGCAGGUGACGGCCUUGGACCCGCAGGUGGGGCCGAGACUCUGGGCGGCGAAGAUAAAGCUAACGAUGCUAACGACCCUCACAGACCGACCACGAAACCCAGACCUCCGGUGAGGGACGUGCAGCUGCUGAAGGAGCUCGGUCCAGGUCGAGGCCGGAUCAGCAUCAUCCAGCAGCUCCUGGAUCAGGGGGCGGACCCGUCCUGCUGCGACGCCAACGGACGCCACGCUCUGGCGGUUGCCGUGGUGAACGGCCACCAUGACGUACUUCCUGUUUUAGUGCAGCGGGGAGCCGACGUGGAUCAGCAGUCUCGAGGGAUGAAGAACACGGCUCUGCAUGAAGCUGCAGCUCUGGGCUCUGAAGGUCUGAAGGCUGCGGAGGUCCUGCUCAGUUGCCGGGCGUCUUUAAGGCGGAGGAACGCGGGGGGCGGGACGCCGCUGGACGUGGCGCUGACCUCCGGGUACAGCGAGGCGGCCGCUCUGCUGGCCGCUCGCACCGGACUGGACAUGCUGGGCAAACUGGGGAGACGCAGGGAGGACCUGGACGGGUUCUGAUGGAUCAUCUGGUCCACACGCCGAAACACGGGGAACCGUGCUUCUGCACAUGAGGCUCAACAGAGCAUGUGACAUGCGUCCAAUGACAUGAUGAAUACGAGGUCAUUAUUACAUUAAUAAAACUCGUUUCCUCUUA